UCUCUGCAUCCUCCAACCAUGGCUACCACGCUUUAGGGGGGUGCAGUAAAUAACCAAGAAACCCCCCCAAAAAACCCACUGGGGCUCCAGACAGCAAGAGACAGCAAGACACGCCGAGAGAAGGAAAUCUUUGGUGGGAGUGGGAGUGGAGGGGGGCAGACCACAGACACCCGAGUGGAAAGUUGUGGAAAUGAGAGCCACUUGAACUUUUCCCAUUGCUACUGGUCUGGAAUGAGCCAAGGAUCCCAAUCCAACAUUCAAGUGAACAAGUGAACGGAUGCGUUUGGAUUAUGCUCUGGGAUUGAGCGUGUCCUCCAGCUUAUCUGCUCCACCUGGGACAACUUGACUUAGAUCAGCUCAACCUGCUGGAUUACUCCGCCGCCUCCCCCCCUUUCCUUUUCAUGCCACCUCUGGAUUGACAGAGCCUUCCGAGGAGACGCGUCCCACUGCCGCUCCUGCUGUCCCGAGUGUGGAGGCGAGCUGAGGAGCCAUGGUGCUGCUGAAGAUGCAGCUGAGCCAGCAGAGGCGAGUGCGUCUGGCCCAGGGCUUGUGGCUCCUGUCCUGGAUGGCCGUGAUGUGCGGCUCCUUCAUCUUUUCUCUGGGGGUCUACCUGAAGAUAGAGCUGCUCCGUAGGGCGGAGGUAAUGGACAACACAGAGAUCCAUGUGGUGCCCAACAUCCUCAUGCUGGUGGGCCUGGCCUCCAUCGGCACCAACUGGGUCGCUGGCCGCGUGUGCCAGGACUCCUUGGACCCGAGUCGUUUCCCACGCUGGAAGGUUCUCCUGCUGGGGUGGUACGCCGUGGCCGCGCUUCUCUGCUGUCUGCUCAUCACCGUGGUGGUGCUCAGCUACGCCCUGCAGGGCCGCCUGGAGGAGUCCCUGAAGGUCGGUCUGAGGAACGGCAUCCGCUUCUACAAGGACACGGACGUUCCGGGGCGCUGCUUCCAGAAGGAGACCAUCGAUCGUCUGCAGAUGGAGUUCCGCUGCUGUGGAAACAGCAACUUCAGGGACUGGUUUGAGGUGCAGUGGGUCAGCAACAGAUACCUGGACUACACGUCUAAGGACGUCAAGGAUCGUAUCCGUAGCAACAUCGAUGGCCGCUUCCUGCUGGACGGCGUCCCCUUCAGCUGCUGCAACCCUGCGUCCCCACGACCCUGCCUGCAGACCCGCCUGACCGACAACGCCGCCCACUACAACUAUGAGUUCCAGAAGGAGGAGCUCAACCUGUACCAGCGCGGCUGUAGGGAGGCUCUGAUCGACUACUACAUGGACCUGAUGAACUCCACGGGGCCCGGCGUGCUGUCCGUCAUCCUCAUACAGAUGUCAGUCCUGCUCAGCCUGCGCUACCUGCAGACCUCCGUGGAAGGCGCCAUGGCUCAGGAGCACCCGGAGGGCGACAGCGAGGGUUACCUUCUGGAGAAGGGCGUCAAGGAGACCUUGGAGGAGGUCAAAGUCAAAGCUCUGCUCUUGAUGAAGUUUGGCCAGGUGGACCCCGGUGCGGCCGAGGGCACCGCAGACAAGGACGCGGCCCCUCCCUCUUCCAGCUAGAAGACUUGUGGAGAGAAGAGGAAGUGGGGGGGGGGGGGGGGGGGGUUCCUGGUGUCUGGUAGAACACCUACUGCUUCUGACUAGGGCUGUCAAACCCGCCCACAUUUUCAUCCCACCAAUCAGCAUUCACCUCCAUUAGCCACUCACGCCCACCUUUGCAGUACCUUAUGAAGAGAAAGGUACAUGACAGGACUACAGUACAUAGUACUACGGUAUCCGGUAUAUACAGUACAUAGUACUACGGUAUCCGGUAUAUACAGUACAUAGUGCUACGGUAUCCGGUAUAUACAGUACAUAGUACUCCAGUAUCCGGUAUAUACAGUACAUGCUGCAUUGAUGGCUAAACGGAAGCUAAAAUAUAGAAGACGCGUCUGAUCAUGUAUAUAUUAGUAUAUAUAUAUAUAUUAGUAUAUAUUAGUAUAUUGAAAGACAGCACGUCACUUCAACCCAUGUUUUGAGUGUAGACGGGAUUAUGGGAUUUCCGAGCAUACUUAAAUGCAGCAAAUGGUGAGAGACACAAAUAUCCACUUCCUGUUUUUCUUUGGCCCACACGCUGUGGUGAUUGUCAGAGUGCCAGUGAAUGCACCUUGGCCCGUAGAGGUGCCAGUGAGGAGGGGACGUGUUGAGGUCAGAAGGAAGGCGUGGAAGAGCGGCGCCUCUGUGGCUGCGUCGGGCGUCAUAACAGAGAGGCGUGGCAUGCGUUAAGGACGCGGAAUAUUAGGAAGCAACCAAGGAGAUGAAUGAGGCGUUGCUUUUGUUUUGACAGCCCUAGUCCGGACGGAGGCUUGACCAGGCUCCAGCCACAGCGGCCGAGAGCUUCAAUCAGGCCCCAUCAACACGUGGCCCCCGCCGCCGCCGUUCAAGACCUUCUUUUAGCCGCUUUAGUUCACACGAAGAGUUGGCCUGAUGUCCGCAGCAUCAAUCACCGCCUCGCAGCGCUUAGACUGUCCUGCACUGGAACGCUUAGCAAGCUGAUGUUCCCGCCCCGAUUUUGGCACAUUAAAGCUAGACCUCUUCAAGCGCUUUCUACCGUCUGCUC